UUUGUGAUUAAGUGACUGAUGGGCACAACAAUCUUUUAAAUCGGCCAUUAGGCUAUAAAAGACCGCUGCAGUCUGCAGAGGCGGAGAGACGAAACAAUUAACGGUAGGCCUACGUUAAUGGGCAAUUGCGUAUCUUUAAUUUACAUCCACAAAACCUGCUUAUUUGCCACUGACAUGCUCAGAUUAUUAUUCUAAGUGUCUGACAACAUUAUGGAAAGGAUUCCUACUGAGGUCGACACGUUUGUUAUAGAGUAAAUACUUUUUAUUUAACCUCUUUAGUUUACGUAGAAAAAAUAUUGUUUAAUAUUCACUGCACGUUAAAACAUUUACUUGAUCGGACUCAAGCUUGGAUAUUUGGACACUAUUUAUGAUAAAACUAAAUUCUUAUUUGUGUUCAAAUAGAUGCAAUUGACAGCGUCCGUUAGGACUCGUCCAAACGUGCGCGCAUUUGUAGAAAUAUCGAUUUAGUUUUCAAACUAUUUCGUCAUACAGAAUGCAUACUCCAUGAAUUAUGCGAUCUGAAGAGCUGAAAGAGUGCCCAUUAGCGCGCUCUGUCUGUUUCUCUAUGUGGUUUGCGUUUGUUAGGACGGUAGUUUUUACGGUCUAUGGUUAGAGCGUUUACAGCUGUCAAUCAUAUUACGUGACCAUAAUCCUGCCUUCUGCAUGACGCGGUUCCCUGUACACUUUCUCAUCUGAGCUCCGAGGAAAAAAAACACACAAACAUUUCAUAUGAAACUGAAGACAAUUAGCUGUCUGAUCGGCAGGUCAACUACCUGUAGUGUUUGUGGAGAGAAGAAAAUGUGAAACUAUUUUUAAUUAUAGUUAUAGUUACAUGAUUUGCUAUGAAUUGGGUUUCUUGCAUUGGUCAGUUACUAACCAUUAACUUACACUGUGUCCUUAACCAGGUGAUUCUCCUGACAGUAGGCUACACUGGAUAAAGAAUCAUCAUGUCUGCCCGACUUCGAGUUAUACUGGAAGAAGAAAUUCGCAAGCUUUCCUUGCCUUCAGGAAUACCGCAGACUCUAGAGGAAUUGAAGCAUAUUGUACAAGAAACAUUUGCAAUACACCAAGAUUUUAGUUUUCAGUUCCAGGACCAAGAUUUUAAUGGUCAGUUUUUUACUCUCCUUGAAACUAAUGAAAUAAAGGACAAAGACACCAUCAAGGUGGUCCUUGCUGAACCAGUUAUCACAGUAACUUUUCAAGAUUCUUCUGAGGAUCAAGGAGUCCUGGAUAGCUUUGAUAGCAGUUGCACUGAGUUAUUGGAAGAUGUUGGUUCCUGCUCCACUGCAUCCAGCGAUACCACAAUUCUGUCUUCUCCAGGUAGCACCUCCUCCCUUCGUUCUGUGCCUUGGCCAGCUCAGUUUGUAAUUCCUACCUUUUCUUUUGACACGGAGCUCAUUCUUCAAGCAGCAAAUGAAGCUAACCUAAAGGAAGGAACCUUACUUUGCAAUCCUGCUGUAAAAUCCAACAUUCUGGACAAACUAGCAGAGAGCAUCUUUGUCUACACCGCCUAUCCAUCAAGUGCACAAAGGGAGCAGGUUGCUGAGGCCCUGGUUAUGAAACACCCAUGUUUGAGGGACCCAGUAUCCUUCAAUGGUUUAUAUAGUUGGCACAACAGCCUGAAGUACAAACUUGGAAAUUUCAGAGCAAAGGUGAAACAUCUUGGAAUACCAGAGCUAAAUGUCAACUGUCUCAAGAGAAAGUCAGCUGCAGAUAAAACCCCAGCAAAAAACUUAAAAAAAGCAAAGAAAUCUGAGGUAAACUAUCUCCCGCCUCAUCCUCAAGGCGAAACUGAUACAUCCCUUGAAAAGGAGAGAGUGGAGCUUCUCUAUGAGUACAAGAAGAGAGACAACAACAGUGUCAUUAAUGAGAAGAUGGCAAAAACCUUCUCACUGCGUCGUAAAGAUGUGAUCCAGAAACCAAUUAUUAUUGACUUAAAUGCUCGAUGGCCUGCCCUGUUUGAGUUUUCCCAGAUCGAGGAGGAAUUCCGGAGGAUCACACUGAAGCCACUACAGUCCACAUUCUUUGGGAAGUUGGACGAAUACACGCCUAAAUUGUUGAGACUCUACAGGAGGAAGGGAGGAGCUGUUGGGAAGAAACUUGAUGAGACCCUUGAAAUCAUGAAUGAGGACAACAGCAUUGAGUCCAGAAGAGAAUCUGUGAUCAGAGGCCUCAUUCUCUACCUUGGUGAAAAGACAGAGGAAUUAUUCAAUGACUACCAGGUUUGUGAUGACGACGAUGCUGCAGCCAUCCAAGAGGCCAUCACUUCAUUUGUACUCAACAUCUUUGUGGUCAGCAAAGCCAGGGAUGGAGGUCUCGAGAAGAAAGCUGGAAUAGCCAUUGAGGGAGUAGAGGUCCUUUUUGGCAUUCCCAGUGUAGCACAUGCUUGCUCCUACCUUAUGGGCCUUAUUUAUGCAUUGGAACUAAGCUACCCAAAGAAACUUAAAUACACCUUUGAGGUAUUUCAGAAGAUCUUCCUGGAGCUGGAGGAUGUUAACAAAAACAUGUCCUCCAAAAUCCACGAUCUCAAGAUCAGCUUACUGGCCUAAAAGCGAUACAGACAUUGGGUGAAGUUAGAGGGUUUGAGUUAGGUCCCUCUGUUAAAGUUUUACAGUUCAAUUUCUCAGGUUCUCCUAAUGCACUCUCAAUAGUAACUACUAUCGCAUUUUCAUAUAGGGACCAUGUUUUGUAAGUCUGUUAAUGAGCAUUUGAAGGAAACAUGACUGUGAAGAAGUGAGAAACGCAUGAGUCAUGGAAAACAUUUUGCACAAUGUGAAUUUAUUGUAAUUUUAUUUUGAUAAGCUACUAACCUACCCAAAGAAACUGAAAUGUAGGCUUUCCAGAAGAUCUUCCUGGAGCUAGAGGACAGGAACCAAAAAAUGUUCCCCAAAGUUCAUGAUCUCAUGAUCAGCUUACUGGCCUUACAUUGUUGAAUGUAGAGGGUUUGAGUUAAGUCCCUCUGGUAAAAUUUUACUGUUCAAUUUCUCAGGUUUUUUUCAAUUCUCAAGUUACACUAAUCCUGUUUCAUAUAGGGACCGUGUUUGUGAGUCUGUUAAUGUUAAAGGUGCAGUUGAAGGAAAGAUGACAGUUAAGAAGUCAGAAACUAUAUUGCACAAUGUGAGUUUUUUUUAAUAGAAACCCAAAGAAACUGAAAUGUAGUUUUCUUAGAAGAUCUCCAUUUUCACACGGGGAUCAUACAUGGGAUCAUAAAUGUGAUCAUACAUGUGCAAGCGUGUUGUUUUAAAGUCUUAAGAGUAUGUUACUGUACAGGACUGAAAAACGCAAUUUUAUAGAAAAUAUUCUGUAAAUGUCUCUGAAUUGUUUCUUCUGAAGACAAUAAAUUUCCUCUAGCACCACAAUGAAGCACAAUUUUAUUGUACACAAUGUCUCAACCUGUGAGGUGGAUGUAUUUUAUUAUACUUUGUUUUAUACUGACCUUGUCAGUUUUUACUAUCAAAUGGCCAAAAUGUCAGCUUUAUGUAAUGUAAUAACUAGAUUUCCAUAUUUGAUGAAUACAUUCUACUGGCAUUCUGUUUACAAGUACCAGUGUUGAACUUUUACUAUAGUAGUAAAAUAAUUACAUUUACAGUAUAAUUUGCAUUUAUACUUUCAGUAGAAAUACUCAGUUGAUAAUUAGAAUAUCUGUGUACAUGUAACUUUAAAAUACACAGUAGAUCCCACUUGAAAUUUGUAAUAUUGAAAUGCAAAAAUUAAGUUGGAUUCAAUCA